UGUUUUAAAUACGGUCCAUAAGAGAUAAGAUUAAGUGUUAAUAUGGAGGAAGAAUAUAUUGAGAAAACAUUUAUAUUUAAAUUUCCAACAUGUACGUCAAAUCAAGAGUAUUGUUUAAAAAUCCCUUUAAAAAUCCCUUUCCAAGGUUCGAUAAUAGAACUCGUAUAUCGCAUUAUGUCAUCUUUCAAAUUACCACCUUAUGUUCAGAGUGAUCUUUACAAUUCUUUGAGUGCAAAUAUUAAAGAAUGGACUUUAAAAUUUCACGAUGAUAAAACGGAAAAACUCAUCGAUGCUGCUAAGAGCGGUGAUCUUGAUGUGGAAGAAAUAAUUAAGAAAUGGGAAAAAAAUUAUAAACUUAAGACCGUAGAAUAUGCAGAGCCAAUUGGAACAACCGAUGAGGAAUUAUUUGCUGCGGCUUACCACAGAUUAGUGCAUUCGCCUUCUCUUGAACCAAUUUUGCAAGCUGAACAUAAAUUUGGAAAAGAUGUGACAGAAGUUAUUAAAAUGAGAGACAAAGACUAUCAACAAUUAACGCAAAAACAGACGGAAGAAAUGCAUGUGGCUGUGGAAACUUUAGAAGCCGGUUCGACUGAAAAAUCUAUUAAUGACAUGGCUGCUCGUCAUUUUGAAGAACAAAGUUUAUUGCAAGGUCACUGGGGAUCGAAAGUCGAUGCUUUAAAACUUGAACAAAGAAGACAGUACCGUAAUUGGAUAAUGAGAUUAUUAGAAGAGCAACAGACAAAUAUGUUACCAACACCAGUUGAAUCGCCAAUGGUUCCCAUGCCACCACUUGGUCAAGGGUUCUACAAUUGCGUUAAGGAUGAUAAGAAAGGUGUAUCUCAUUACCAGCAAUUGGAAGAAAGUUUUACUAUUCAUUUAGGUUCACAAAUGAAACAAAUGCACAAUAUUAGAAUAUUAACAGGUGAUGUACUUGACUUCUGUAGAACUAAAAAUUCUGAUUCUGAAAGCAUAGAUCCUACGCCACAAAGAUUACAGACCGCAUUGGGUUUAUAUUCGAACGAUUUAUGUGGACUGGUUCUAUUGAGCGAUAAUCAUUUAGGAAGUUAUUCUGGCAUAACGAAAGAACUUAUUUCUAUAUCUCAAUUAACCACAGAAUUUCACUUUCCACCAAUCGAUGAACAAUUGGAAAAAAUACGAGAAGAUGUGAAGGAUGCCGUUGCUUGGAGACAAGCACACCAUAAAGAAGAUAAUGAUUUGCAGCAACAUACUAAAAAAUCAACUUUGAGUAAAACAUUACAAACUGGCGAUGUAUUUAUUACAAGGCAUUCAAAUUUGGCUCAAGUACACGUUAUUUUCCAUAUGGUAGUAAAUGAUUCUUUGAGAUCAGGUGAUAUAAAUUCAAGACAUCCAGCUAUUUUAGGAUUGAGAAAUAUUUUAAAAACAGCUUGUUGCAAUGAUGUUACAACCUUAACGAUACCUGUUCUUUUAGUACAUGAAAUGACUGAAGAAAUGACAGUAGCGUGGUGUACGAAAAGAGCAGAGCUCGUAUUCAAAUGUGUGAAAGGAUUUAUGAUAGAAAUGUCUUCGUGGGGAGGAGCAGAAUUAAAAAAUCUACAAUUUCUAGUUCCAAAGGGUAUGUCCGAAGAAGUUUUUGGCACUUUGGCGACAAUGCUACCAAGCAUAUUUAGAGUUUCAAACCCAUUAGUUUUCAAAGCUACUAGUACACCACAAACUCCUAAGAAGUGAUACAAUAUAUAAAACGGAAAUAUUUUACAUUAUUUUUCUAUUAUUAUAAAUAAAAGAUGUUAUUUAUAUAAUGACACGAAUAUACAACUAUUCGUUUCUACAUGAAAAUGAAUAAAA